AUGGCGUUCAAUCUGCAGCAGAAGGUGUUCCGCAUUCCCAGCAACAUCGUGGUGUCGCUCGGCCUCCGCUGGGACUUCAUCGGGGCGGACCCCCUCGACCUCGACCUCAGCGCGGUGUGCUUCACCAGCGAGGGCAUGCUGCUGGACUGCGUCUUCUUCAACCACCCGUUCCCGCAGGGCACCAACGAGGCGGCGCUGCGCGACUCCGGCCUGCUCGUCGACCCGCAGCAGCUGCCGUACAUGUUCGUUGGCGGCGACAGCCGUAUCGGCGGGGAGGAGGAGAACCAACUGCCCGGCCUCGCCCUCGCCGCC